AUGCAUCACCUCAAAGAUGCUUUUGAUCACCUGAAGAACAGACACGAUCCUGGUCAACAGCCUCUCCACGCCAAUCAUCAAGGUGGAGGGUUUCCAGGCAGCCAGGUUCAACAACCAACUCAACCUCAGCAUCCGCUGCAUCCACAGCCUCCUACAGGCUCUCAUGAACAAAGUCCGCUGUCUGGAACGACUCAAGGUGCUAUCGAUGUUUUCAUGGCUUCCAAGCAGCCUAAUGGCGAGAUCGGUGGUAUCGGUUACUGGCAGACAGCCAACGGGUACACAUGCAUAGCUCUUAGAGACGCAUGGUCUGGAAGCAACCGCAAUGCUACACUCCUCCGAGAACGCCUUCACACUGUAGAAAGCCAUCACCGGCAUUUCAUCAACGAGUUCAACGACGAUACCUUGUGGUGGGGCAAUUGUCUGCUCGAUGCUUACCUGACUAACCCUGAUCCUUACUAUGUCGACAAUGCUCGCAAGAUCUGGCAGCAUGUCCAGCGUAGUAUGCUAUCGCCGGGUCAGGCUAAGGUGAGAGAUAUGGACAUGGCGGGUGCGGUUAUGUGGACUACCAGACCGAACGAAGAACAAGUCAAUGCUAUUACGACUGGCCUUUUUUCCGAGCUUUCUGCUCGCCUUGCUUUGCUUGUGAAGCCAGGUCGCGAGACUGACGAAAUGCUCGAGGCGGCUGAGAAGAGUUUUGCUUGGAUUGAGCGCUGCCGUUACCGUGCGAAUGAAUGUAUCGUGCUUGACACUAUCAAGCUCCGGUCUCAGGAGUGCGUCGACUGGACUUUCACUUAUUGCACUGGACAGGCUAUAGCUGCCGCCACUGCUAUCUUCGCGGCGUUCAGCUUUGGUCAUCAAGGCUCGCGAAGCCACAAGUCGCCACACGAGUACCUCGCGCUGGCUUGCAAUAUGGCACGUAAAGCCAUCUCCCGAGAUGGUUGGGUCGAACAAGAUGGUACUUUGACAGAACACGGUGCUUAUGGCAAAGGCAACCACGAGCCCUGGAAGAACGAUGAUGCUGUCGGCUUCAAGUCUGUGCUGCUGCGCAGUCUGGCCAAAUUGCUCAAGGUCCUACGCGACACCAACCAAGAACCCGAUCUGCAGCGUCGAUUGACCGAGUUUGUCAAGAAACAAUUUGAUAGUCUACAGCAACGAAACACGAACGGCAACAAUCAGUAUGGACCAUGGUGGAACGGGCCUAUGGAGAUUCCAACAAGCCAUAGUCAGAUGGCUGCACUUGAUGUUAUGGCGGCAAUUCAUCUUGUUCAGCAGUAG